AUGACCUCCGCGCGCGCGCGUCGCGGCGAGAAGUCCAAAACCGGCGGCUUUUUCACCCGCCAUCGGUCGGUGUUCCUGUACGUCCCCAAUCUCAUCGGGUACGGGCGAUUACUCGCGUGCGCGCUCGCCAUGGCGCGCGCGUUCACGGACGUCAACGCGUUCACGAUGCUCUACGCCCUGUCCUUCGCCUGCGACGCGAUCGAUGGGGCGUGCGCGCGCGCGUUCGAGCAAUCAUCGACGUUCGGCGCGGCGUUGGACAUGAUCACCGAUCGCGUCGCGACGACGGCGCUGUUGACCACGCUCGCGUGCGCGGACGAGAGGUUUCGUUUAAGUGCGAUUGCGUUGAUCGCGCUCGAUGUGUCGAGUCACUGGAUGCACGAUCGAGCGAUGACGACGCUCGGGAAGGCGUCGCAUAAGGAUGUGGGCGGGACGCGAUACGGAUGGAUCACGCGGUAUUACUACGAAUCGAGGCUCUUCAUGGGGGCGUGUUGCGUCGGCGCGGAGGUCAUGUACGUCAGUUUACACGUCUUGGCGAUCGAUCCGACGGAGCGAACGCGGACGUGGGUGUGGGUGAUCUCCGGGGGGACGGCGACGUUCGCGCGCUUGGCGCGCCUCGCGGCGCCGCUGUGGGCGGUCAAGCAAUGGACCAACGUCGCGCAGCUCGUCUCGGCGUGUCGGAUUUUAGCCGCGAGUGAUGCCGUGGAGACGUGA